GGCAUUGCUCACUUUCAGCUAAUGUGGUGAGGUGAUCAGCAGCACUGGUGCUGCUUCUUGGAGUGAGCAGAGCCUGUUCAUGGAUGUGUGCAGUAAUGUGGUCAUACUGUCUGCAUUCACAACAUAUUUGUUCUCUGCCUGGAAGAGGUGGGAGGAAAAAGCACAUAAUGAGUAAUUUCCCAAGAACUGGAGGAUCACUCUAUCAAUUGCAUUAUUACAUUUUUAGUUCCCAGCUGCUGCCUUCAUGAGGCUCUAUGUUGCAGAUGCUCCUUCAGACCAAGGACCCAGUCUUUUUAUUUGGUUUGCUCUCCAUCCCUGCUGACUGUGCAGUCAGACCCAGAAAGAAUGAGCUCUUCCAAUUAACCACAAAGGCAUCUAGGAGAAUAAUGCAGGUUCUGGUUUCUGCCCUGGGUUCCAAAUAACAGCAUGCACUUAGAGCCAGGUCAAGUUUUCCCUUUCUUUCCCCCUUGUUAUUCUGUUCUCUGUAGGUCCAAAAAAUAACAUCUGUUAAGCCCAUAGUGACAUUUAGGAUAAAAAAUGAGGUGUCUAUUUGAUGGUUAUAUACGUGGAACUCAAAUACAUGAAUCUUACUUUCACCACUAAUUUUUGUAUUGGAUCAUGCCUUUGGUCUUCAAAUAGUAUUUCCAAGGUGUAAAUCUACACUGAUUCCAAUAGGUUGACAGCUGCUUUUAAAAUUUUAUGUCACCUUUAAAUAUUUAUGGUAUUGAAUAUGUUUUGCAUGUCACUUUUUAACAUUUAUGGUAUUGGAUGUGCUUUUUAUGUCACUUUUAAACAUUUAUGGUAUUUAUUUGAAUAUGCUUUGUAUCACAAUAAGAAAAAGAGUGAAGGUGGGCCAGUCCACUUCUUUAUCAUCGCCGAGCUUGCCUGCAGCGGUUUUUUGGCUAUUAUUUAAUGGUAAAAAUGUAGCAGUCUUGUGUGUUUUGAUUAGACAAACGAACCAAGUCAGCUGAAUGCUGAGGCGAUGGAGGCGUUGACAGACGUGUCCUUCUCCAGCAGAGCGGAUGGGCAAUGCGCUCCCGAUGCCAUCGGGGCACACAGGCGGAACGGUCGCGUCGUUUCCAUGGGCUCACGGCGCAGCGCCUCCAGAUAAACUUCUAGUCUUUACUGUAGCAACUAAAGAAACCGAUGGCUUUCACCGUUUCAUGCGAACUGCAAAGCAUUUCAACUACACAGUAAAGGUUCUUGGAAAAGGUGAAGAAUGGAAAGGUGGUGACCAGCCCAACUCUAUUGGCGGAGGGCAGAAAGUUCGACUGCUGAAAGAGGGCAUUGAAAGCUAUGCUGACCAAGAGGACUUGGUUGUACUGUUUGUGGAAUGCUAUGAUGUUAUCUUUGCUGGGGGCCCUGAAGAGCUGCUAAAGAAAUUUCAGGAAACUAAUCACAAAGUGGUGUUUGCAGCAGAUGGACUAAUUUGGCCAGAUAAAAGGCUGGCUGACAAGUAUCCUGUUGUCCGGAGUGGGAAACGAUUCCUGAACGCAGGAGGAUUUAUUGGUUAUGCUCCAUCCAUAAAUCGUAUUGUGCAGCAAUGGAACCUGCAGGAUAAUGAUGAUGACCAACUGUUUUACACCAAAAUCUAUGUUGACCCAUUGGCAAGGGAGCGCAUUAACAUUACUUUGGACCACAAAUGUACAAUUUUCCAGACCCUAAAUGGAGCUGUUGAUGAAGUCCUCUUGAAAUUUGAAGAAGGAAAAGUAAGAGCAAGGAAUUCAGUGUAUGACACCCUACCAGUCACCAUUCAUGGAAAUGGUCCAACUAAAAUCCACCUGAAUUAUUUGGGAAACUAUAUUCCCAAUGCUUGGACACGGGAAACUGGCUGCAGUGUUUGUGAUUUGGACUUACUAGACCUGUCAGCAGUAAAGGAAUAUCCAAGAGUAAAAAUUGGUGUUUUCAUUGAACAACCCACUCCUUUCCUAACUAAAUUUUUAGACAGACUGUUGACUCUGGACUACCCACGGGAGGCACUCAGUAUCUUCAUUCAUAAUAAUGAGGUUUACCAUGAAAAGCACAUCAAGAAAUUCUGGGAAAAAGCCAAGAAUAUUAUCAGAAAUAUUAAAAUUGUUGGACCUGAAGAAAACUUGAGUCAAGCAGAAGCCCGGAACAUGGGAAUGGACCUUUGUCGCCAGGAUAAAACAUGUGAAUAUUACUUAAGCAUAGAUGCAGAUGUCGUGCUGACAAACCCCAAAACUUUAAGAAUACUGAUAGAACAGAACAGGAAGAUAAUUGCUCCGCUCGUAACCCGCCAUGGGAAGCUUUGGUCCAAUUUCUGGGGUGCUUUGAGCCCAGAUGGUUAUUAUGCUCGAUCAGAAGAUUAUGUGGACAUUGUCCAAGGGAACAGAGUAGGAGUAUGGAAUAUCCCUUAUAUGGCUAAUAUAUAUUUAAUUAAGGGACAGACUCUCAGAUCUGAGAUGAAAGAAAAGAACUACUUCAUGCGUGAUAAGUUGGAUCCUGAUAUGGCACUCUGCAGGAAUGCCAGGGAGAUGACUUUACAAAGGGAAAAAGACUCCCCUUCUUCGGAAACAUUCCAUAUGCUCAGAGCCCCAAAGGGUGUUUUCAUGUACAUUACCAACAGACAUGAAUUUGGAAGACUUCUUUCUACAGCCAAUUACAAUACUUCCCACUACAACAAUGACCUCUGGCAGAUAUUUGAGAAUCCUGUGGAUUGGAAGGAAACUUACAUAAAUCCAAACUAUUCAAAGAUCUUCACUGAUAACAUAGUAGAACAGCCAUGUCCAGAUGUGUUUUGGUUUCCCAUAUUUUCUGACACUGCCUGUGAUGAAUUGGUAGAAGAAAUGGAACAUUUUGGGCAAUGGUCUGGUGGAAAACACCAAGACAGCCGCAUUUCUGGAGGUUAUGAAAAUGUCCCAACCGAUGACAUUCAUAUGAAGCAAAUAGGACUGGAUAAUGAAUGGCUGCAUUUCAUACGAGAGUUCAUUGCCCCAGUAACACUAAAAGUCUUUGCUGGCUACUAUACCAAGGGUUAUGCUCUGCUGAACUUUGUUGUAAAAUACAGCCCUGACAGACAGCGGUCGCUCCGACCUCACCAUGACUCCUCUACCUUCACGAUCAACAUCGCCCUCAACAAAGUAGGAGAGGACUUCCAGGGAGGUGGAUGUAAAUUCCUUAGGUACAACUGCUCCAUUGAGUCUCCCAGGAAAGGAUGGAGCUUCAUGCACCCAGGAAGACUUACACAUUUACACGAAGGACUUCCUAUCUUGAAUGGCACAAGAUACAUUGCAGUAUCAUUUAUUGAUCCUUAAUUUUAUUUUUCUUUGUCCUCUUCAACAGCAGUGUUCUUUACAUAAACAUUUAUUUAUAGAUCUCUUCUGGAAGAUGGUGAUAAAAGAAACUAAGUUACUGUUACUAGACAGCAGAGAUACUUUGGGCUAAAAGGAGGAAAACAGAAAAUGUUCUAAUAUUGUUGGAGAUUUCUUGAUAUCUGCUCUGAGCCUUGAGUCCCAAAGUAAACAUGUCCUACUUGUUUUUCCAUUCUGCUGUCCUAAAGAGUGGAUAAGGAGAGAAAAUGGAAAAGCACAGUGAACCCAUUUCUUCGUUGAUAAAAACCCAAACCCCAAGGAAUGCUAAAUACAAAAUCAUUGGAAAAAUUUAUCGUGGUUUUCAUUCAGUUAAGUGACACAGCUAAAGUUUGGUGGUCUGUGUAUUUGGUACCAACCAAAGAAAGGAAAAUCACAGCAUAAAAACAAAAUCAAAUGAAUCUUGUUUACAGUUGUUUCUGGUAAGCAAUAAUGCCAUAUGUUGGUUUAUACUGAAGGGAAAACGUCUCUGUAGCCUGGUCGCUUAAUUCAUUGUCAAUACUGAAAUGUACACCCUUAGAAGGAAAAAAAUAAAUUAAUUGCCAAUAUGGGACGAGGAUUAAAUCCUUUAUCUAAGGAGAAAAUGUUUUAUCAUUCGUUCUGAGAACUUAUCCUGUUGAAAGCUUACUUUUCUUCAGCAAGUGACCUUUGUUUAAAGUGAGUUAUUUUUCUAAAUGUGUAGUUGCACCCAAUGGAUACUGGAAAUUUGAUGCUUAUUUUCAGAAUGCUGGUCAAUUUUAAUAGGAUGUUUUAUAGGGACAGUUUUCUACUCUUAAAAUUACUUGAAUUUUGUAUCAGGAAAAUGAAAUGGUGGCAGUCUCUUUUAAAGCUAAGGGUCUUAACUUGACAUUUAUUUUGAAGAAAUUGGUUUAAAAUAUUCCUACUGUAUCUACUGUUUGUAAUUUAAAGAAACUUGAAGCUAACUGUCUCAAAGUCUACCGUGCCAAAAUGCACGACAUGUUGGAAAACCUUGAGAAAAAUAAAAGGUAAUUUUAAAUUAA